AUGCCAUUGUAUGUUUCUCUGUUUCCUUUUUCGACCCCUCCUUCAUCGCAACCCCUUAUUCCUGUUUCUAUCAAUUCUCUCUCCCUUCCUUUGCAUCCUUAUCCUUCUCUACCUCUUCCUUCUACUUCUUUUACGAAAAACCUAUUGCAAAAUAGACCUCUAGCUUCUGAUUCUUCGAACACGAACGACCUAGAAAGUCAACACUCAUCUAACUUUAGCACCACCGAUUCUGCCAGUUACUACACCAAUAAGAAUGCGAACAAUAACCUUAGGCUUGAUAACAUCAAUGAUACCAAUUAUACAAUUCAUCAUUUAAGAACUAUUAAAAGUAGCAUCUCCGAUAUUCAAAGUGUUUUUGUUGGCGUGCCAGAGGAUCGGAGGCCGGACCCAAAUGAAGGCUUGAAAACAGGACUCAUUCUAGCUUCUGGCCUCCUCCUGGCUCUUGCAUAUUCAUUCUACAAAUCGCGCUGCAAAAAGCCAGGAGAAAUCUACGAAGAGGUGAUGGUUCGUCGCUGCCAGUCUGAUCCGGGUCGCUGUGUCGAGUGGGCAGCCCAUCGAGUUCGCCGGAAAUACAAGGAGCAUUUAUAUGAGAGCUUGGCUGAUUUGACGCCACCUGCUAGCCGCCAAGUGAUGAAACAAGACAAGGUCCUCUGCUGGUUGGCUGUGCAUAAGGCGCAUUGCGAAGAAUUCAUGGACAAAGAGAAAAAUAAGCACAAUAGUGGAAAUGAGAAACGAUUUAUUACAGAAGAAGAAGAAAAAAUAACUCACCAAGCUUGCAAAAAGUACGAAUUUAGGGGCGGGAAGCAUAUGGAAGGAAGUAAAACUUGGAUUGAUCUAGAGCCAUUCAUAUUUGAUGGAAAUACUUUUAUCGAAGAAUCGUAUACUCCUGACUUUAAUGAGGUUUACAGUGAAAUGAGGCAAACCGUUUCUUGUAUUAAUGGACAAAGUAGGGUUAUAAACACGGCCUGUUUGGGCAGAAAGAAAUCUAGCUUGCUUUAUACACAAGUUUCAACUUCAAAUUUGACGAAUAUAUCUAAAAAGAAAAUUUUUGCAUCUCAAUAUGCAAAGGCCUUACUUUCAGUUGAGUUAACUCAAAAUAUGUGCUCUAUAACUGCCUGCCAAUUUCAGCCAACACAGUUAAUCUUAAAUCAAACCAAUCGCAAAUACAUCACAUCAAUUUCGUUGAGACGAACGCUCUCUUGUGGAGAAAUCCUUUAG